UUUAAGUAAAAAAUAUAAAUAAAAAACAACAAAAUGUCAUUCAUGAAUCCAGUUGAUAUGGUGGAGGAAGACGCUGCCGAUUUGCAGUUUCCCAAAGGAGCUUCGCCGCAUAAGCGAAAGAAAAAGUGUAAAGCAAAAGUAAUUAAUGCCUUGGUGAAUGAAAACACACGUUACACCGUGGCCACAUAUGACCCACAACAAUUACAACAAUAUCUGGAACAACAGCAAGAAUUGGCUGAAAAGUCGCACAGUGGUUCGGAAGAUAUAUCACAAUGUGCCACAUGUCGCACCAAACUUCAGGAACCAUUUAUACGUUGCGCCGACUGUGAUGAGGAAUUGUGCCUGCAGUGUUUUGCCAAAGGUCGUGAAAUUCGACAACAUAAAAACAACCAUGCGUACGUUAUAGUCAAAGAUGAUAUACAAAUAUUUCCGGGACCAGGAACAUGGACAGCACGUGACGAACGGAUUCUAUUGCAGACGUUGGAGACACAGGGCUAUGGAAAUUGGGAUGCUGUGGCUAAGGCAUUGCAAUAUCGCCACGAUGCUGCCGCAUGUCGACAACAUUAUCAUGACAAUUAUUUUGGUGGUGUGUUUGAAAAGUUGUUAGGCUUACAGCAUGCCUCAGAGGCCUAUACACCGCAACACACCCCGUAUGUGGUAAAAAUGAGAUCUGUUGAUCCACCGCGUCAUGAUGAUAUUACAUCGAUGCAGUUCAAAUUAAUGGCAGGAUAUCGUUGUGCUCGUGGAGAUUUUGAUACACCAUAUGAUGUGACAGCGGAAAGUUUUCUAACCGCCAUACAGGAGGAAGAGGAACGCAUUAUAGACACCUUGGACGAUGAGGUAAAGGAUGAAUGUACUGAACAGUGUUUGGAUGAAUUAAAAUAUGCUUUAGUUCAGGCAUAUAAUCAUCGUUUACAAGAACGACAACGUCGUUAUAAAGUAAUGCGUGAUCAUGGUCUCAUAAUGACCAAUCGGACAAUGGGCUGGAUUACUAAGUAUGCCGAGCCUCUACGUUCCGAAGCAAACUGCAAACGUUUUCUUGCCUUUAUGCAGCUGUGCAAACCCAUGGAAUUUGAUCUACUAAUGGAGGGCCUGAAAUAUUUUAGUGAUGUACAGAAGGCAAUAUUUCGCCUUUAUGAGUUGCGACAAAAUGGAGUUCGAACCAUGGUUGGAGGUUCGUUAUAUUUCAAAUUGAAAAAGAAACGCUUGCACGAACAACGUGAACGUUUAAGGAAUGAACGACAAUAUCAUCAAUAUGAUUGGAGAAAAUUAAUACCAUCAGAGACACCUAUAUUUAAUGAAGCUAUUGGAUCUUAUUUCUUAACACCCACUGUAAAUCCUCUACCACGGAAAAAGGCUGGUCCAAUGGAUGUAUUUGGUUUACCUGGUUUUGCCAAAUUAAAUGAAGAUGAACGCCAACUGUGUAGUGUGGCCCGCAUAGUUCCACAAUCAUAUUUGGAUUAUAAGAACAUACUUAUAACCGAAAAUGCCAAAGUCGGUCACAUACGUUUGGCAGAUGCUAGACGUCUCAUCAAAAUUGACGUGAACAAAACAAGACAAAUAUAUGAUUUUCUUAUAGAACAUGGGCACAUAAAUAAACCAAAUUAAUUUA